GUCCGGCCCAUCAAGAUGGGAGCAAGGAGCCUGAUAGUGCUGCUGCUUAUCCACACAGCUGCCAGGACAUGCUCAGCACAAGUCAACAACCAAGCCACUAUGGGAGAAGUCCGUCUGGUCAAUGGAGGGAGCAGCUCCUGCUCUGGCAGGGUGGAGAUCUUUAUCCAGGGCCAGUGGGGCACAGUUUGUGACGAUGGCUGGGGCCUUCCAGAUGCCCAUGUUGUGUGUAGACAGCUGGGCUGUGGGAGGGGGCUGUCUGCAGAAGCUACAGCCCGUUUUGGACAAGGAAGAGGGCUCAUCCUCUUGGAUGAUGUCAACUGUCGCGGGAAUGAAUCAAACCUCUUACAGUGUGGCCACAGUGGGCUGGGGUCCCACAACUGCCAUCACAAUGAAGAUGCUGGUGUUGUCUGUGAAGAAAACUCUGUGGCUGAUGGUGAAGUCCGUCUGGUCAAUGGAGGGAGCAGCUCCUGCUCUGGCAGGGUGGAGAUCUUUAUCCAGGGCCAGUGGGGCACAGUUUGUGACGAUGGCUGGGGCCUUCCAGAUGCCCAUGUUGUGUGUAGACAGCUGGGCUGUGGGAGGGGGCUGUCUGCAGAAGCUACAGCCCGUUUUGGACAAGGAAGAGGGCUCAUCCACUUGGAUGAUGUCAACUGUCGCGGGAAUGAAUCAGACCUCACACAGUGUGGCCACAGGGGGCUGGGGUCCCACAACUGCCAACACAAUGAAGAUGCUGGUGUUGUCUGUGAAGAAAACUCUGUGGCUGAUGGUGAAGUCCGUCUGGUCAAUGGAGGGAGCAGCUCCUGCUCUGGCAGGGUGGAGAUCUUCAUCUGGGGCCAGUGGGGCACAGUUUGUGACGAUGGCUGGGGCCUUCCAGAUGCCCAUGUUGUGUGUAGACAGCUGGGCUGUGGGAGGGGGCUGUCUGCAGAAGCUACAGCCCGUUUUGGACAAGGAAGAGGGCUCAUCCACUUGGAUGAUGUCAACUGUCGCGGGAAUGAAUCAGACCUCACACAGUGUGGCCACAGGGGGCUGGGGUCCCACAACUGCCAACACAAUGAAGAUGCUGGUGUUGUCUGUGAAGAAAACUCUGUGGCUGAUGGUGAAGUCCGUCUGGUCAAUGGAGGGAGCAGCUCCUGCUCUGGCAGGGUGGAGAUCUUCAUCUGGGGCCAGUGGGGCACAGUUUGUGACGAUGGCUGGGGCCUUCCCGAUGCCCAUGUUGUGUGUAGACAGCUGGGCUGUGGGAGGGGGCUGUCUGCAGAAGCUACAGCCCGUUUUGGACAAGGAAGAGGGCUCAUCCACUUGGAUGAUGUCAACUGUCGCGGGAAUGAAUCAGACCUCACACAGUGUGGCCACAGGGGGCUGGGGUCCCACAACUGCCAACACAAUGAAGAUGCUGGUGUUGUCUGUGAAGAAAACUCUGUGGCUGAUGGUGAAGUCCGUCUGGUCAAUGGAGGGAGCAGCUCCUGCUCUGGCAGGGUGGAGAUCUUUAUCCAGGGCCAGUGGGGCACAGUUUGUGACGAUGGCUGGGGCCUUCCAGAUGCCCAGGUGGUAUGUAGGCAGCUGGGCUGUGGGAGGGGGCUGUCUGCAGAAGCCAGAGCCCGUUUUGGACCAGGACAAGGGCCCAUCUUCUUGGAUGACAUCAACUGUAGCGGGAAUGAAUCAAACCUCACACAGUGUGGCCACAGUGGGCUGGGGUCCCACAACUGCGAUCACCAUGAAGAUGCUGGUGUUGUCUGUGAAGGUGAAACGACAGAAGACUCUGUGGCUGAUGGUGAAGUCCGUCUGGUCAAUGGAGGGAGCAGCUCCUGCUCUGGCAGGGUGGAGAUCUUUAUCCAGGGCCAGUGGGGCACAGUUUGUGAUGAUGGCUGGGACCUUCCAGAUGCCCAUGUUGUGUGUAGACAGCUGGGCUGUGGGAGGGGGCUGUCUGCAGAAGCUACAGCCCGUUUUGGACAAGGAAGAGGGCCCAUCUUCUUGGAUGACAUCAACUGUCGCGGGAAUGAAUCAGACCUCACACAGUGUGGCCACAGUGGGUUGGGGUCCCACAACUGCGUUCACCAAGAAGACGCUGGUGUUAUCUGUGAAGGUGAAACCACCGAAAACUCUGUUGCUGAUGGUGACGUCCGUCUGGUCAAUGGAGGGAACAGCUCCUGCGCUGGCAGGGUGGAGAUCUUUUUCCAGGGCCAGUGGGGCACAGUUUGUGACGAUGGCUGGGGCCUUCCAGAUGCCCAGGUGGUGUGUAGACAGCUGGGAUGUGGGAGGGGGCUGUCUGCAGAAGCCAGAGCCCGUUUUGGACAAGGGCAAGGGCCCAUCUUCUUGGAUGACAUCAACUGUCGCGGGAAUGAAUCAGACCUCACACAGUGUGGCCACAGUGGGUUGGGGUCCCACAACUGCGUUCACCAAGAAGACGCUGGUGUUAUCUGUGAAGAUGAAACGACAGAAAACUCUGUGGCUGAUGGAGAAGUCCGUCUGGUCAAUGGAGGGAGCAGCUCCUGCUCUGGCAGGGUGGAGAUCUUUAUCCAGGGCCAGUGGGGCACAGUUUGUGACGAUGGCUGGGGCCUUCCAGAUGCCCAGGUGGUAUGUAGGCAGCUGGGCUGUGGGAGGGGGCUGUCUGCAGAAGCCAGAGCCCGUUUUGGACCAGGACAAGGGCCCAUCUUCUUGGAUGACAUCAACUGUAGCGGGAAUGAAUCAAACCUCACACAGUGUGGCCACAGUGGGCUGGGGUCCCACAACUGCGAUCACCAUGAAGAUGCUGGUGUUGUCUGUGAAGGUGAAACGACAGAAGACUCUGUGGCUGAUGGUGAAGUCCGUCUGGUCAAUGGAGGGAGCAGCUCCUGCUCUGGCAGGGUGGAGAUCUUUAUCCAGGGCCAGUGGGGCACAGUUUGUGACGAUGGCUGGGGCCUUUCAGAUGCCCAGGUGGUGUGUAGGCAGCUGGGCUGUGGGAGGGGGCUGUCUGCAGAAGCCAGAGCCCGUUUUGGACAAGGACAAGGGCCCAUCUUCUUGGAUGACAUCAACUGUAGCGGGAAUGAAUCAGACCUCACACAGUGUGGCCACAGUGGGUUGGGGUCCCACAACUGCGUUCACCAAGAAGACGCUGGUGUUAUCUGUGAAGGUGAAACCACCGAAAACUCUGUUGCUGAUGGUGACGUCCGUCUGGUCAAUGGAGGGAACAGCUCCUGCGCUGGCAGGGUGGAGAUCUUUUUCCAGGGCCAGUGGGGCACAGUUUGUGACGAUGGCUGGGGCCUUCCAGAUGCCCAGGUGGUGUGUAGACAGCUGGGAUGUGGGAGGGGGCUGUCUGCAGAAGCCAGAGCCCGUUUUGGACAAGGGCAAGGGCCCAUCUUCUUGGAUGACAUCAACUGUAGCGGGAAUGAAUCAAACCUCACACAGUGUGGCCACAGUGGGCUGGGGUCCCACAACUGCAAUCACCAUGAAGAUGCUGGUGUUGUCUGUGAAGGUGAAACGACAGAAAACUCUGUGGCUGAUGGUGAAGUCCGUCUGGUCAAUGGAGGGAACAGCUCCUGCUCUGGCAGGGUGGAGAUCUUUUUCCAGGGCCAGUGGGGCACAGUUUGUGACGAUGGCUGGGGCCUUCCAGAUGCCCAGGUGGUGUGUAGACAGCUGGGAUGUGGGAGGGGGCUGUCUGCAGAAGCCAGAGCCCGUUUUGGACAAGGGCAAGGGCCCAUCUUCUUGGAUGACAUCAACUGUAGCGGGAAUGAAUCAAACCUCACACAGUGUGGCCACAGUGGGCUGGGGUCCCACAACUGCGGUCACCAUGAAGACGCUGGUGUUAUCUGUGAAGGUGAAACGACAGAAAACUCUGUGGCUGAUGGUGAAGUCCGUCUGGUCAAUGGAGGGAGCAGCUCCUGCUCUGGCAGGGUGGAGAUCUUUAUCCAGGGCCAGUGGGGCACAGUUUGUGACGAUGGCUGGGGCCUUCCAGAUGCCCAGGUGGUAUGUAGGCAGCUGGGCUGUGGGAGGGGGCUGUCUGCAGAAGCCAGAGCCCGUUUUGGACCAGGACAAGGGCCCAUCUUCUUGGAUGACAUCAACUGUAGCGGGAAUGAAUCAAACCUCACACAGUGUGGCCACAGUGGGCUGGGGUCCCACAACUGCGAUCACCAUGAAGAUGCUGGUGUUGUCUGUGAAGGUGAAACGACAGAAGACUCUGUGGCUGAUGGUGAAGUCCGUCUGGUCAAUGGAGGGAGCAGCUCCUGCUCUGGCAGGGUGGAGAUCUUUAUCCAGGGCCAGUGGGGCACAGUUUGUGAUGAUGGCUGGGACCUUCCAGAUGCCCAUGUUGUGUGUAGACAGCUGGGCUGUGGGAGGGGGCUGUCUGCAGAAGCUACAGCCCGUUUUGGACAAGGAAGAGGGCUCAUCUUCUUGGAUGACAUCAACUGUCGCGGGAAUGAAUCAGACCUCACACAGUGUGGCCACAGUGGGUUGGGGUCCCACAACUGCGUUCACCAAGAAGACGCUGGUGUUAUCUGUGAAGGUGAAACCACCGAAAACUCUGUUGCUGAUGGUGACGUCCGUCUGGUCAAUGGAGGGAACAGCUCCUGCGCUGGCAGGGUGGAGAUCUUUAUACAGGGCCAGUGGGGCACAGUUUGUGAUGAUGGCUGGGACCUUCCAGAUGCCCAGGUGGUGUGUAGACAGCUGGGAUGUGGGAGGGGGCUGUCUGCAGAAGCCAGAGCCCGUUUUGGACCAGGACGAGGGCCCAUCUUCUUGGAUGACAUCAACUGUAGCGGGAAUGAAUCAAACCUCACACAGUGUGGCCACAGUGGGCUGGGGUCCCACAACUGCGGUCACCAUGAAGACGCUGGUGUUAUCUGUGAAGGUGAAACGACAGAAAACUCUGUGGCUGAUGGUGACGUCCGUCUGGUCAAUGGAGGGAACAGCUCCUGCGCUGGCAGGGUGGAGAUCUUUAUACAGGGCCAGUGGGGCACAGUUUGUGAUGAUGGCUGGGACCUUCCAGAUGCCCAUGUUGUGUGUAGACAGCUGGGCUGUGGGAGGGGGCUGUCUGCAGAAGCUACAGCCCGUUUUGGACAAGGACAAGGGCCCAUCUUCUUGGAUGACAUCAACUGUAGCGGGAAUGAAUCAAACCUCACACAGUGUGGCCACAGUGGGCUGGGGUCCCACAACUGCAAUCACCAUGAAGAUGCUGGUGUUGUCUGUGAAGGUAAUAAACACAAUGAACCUGUGGAGACUUGUUUUACAGGUGAAACCACCGAAAACUCUGUUGCUGAUGGUGACGUCCGUCUGGUCAAUGGAGGGAACAGCUCCUGCGCUGGCAGGGUGGAGAUCUUUAUACAGGGCCAGUGGGGCACAGUUUGUGAUGAUGGCUGGGGCCUUCCAGAUGCCCAGGUGGUGUGUAGACAGCUGGGAUGUGGGAGGGGGCUGUCUGCAGAAGCCAGAGCCCGUUUUGGACAAGGGCAAGGGCCCAUCUUCUUGGAUGACAUCAACUGUAGCGGGAAUGAAUCAAACCUCACACAGUGUGGCCACAGUGGGCUGGGGUCCCACAACUGCGGUCACCAUGAAGACGCUGGUGUUAUCUGUGAAGGUGAAACGACAGAAAACUCUGUGGCUGAUGGUGACGUCCGUCUGGUCAAUGGAGGGAACAGCUCCUGCGCUGGCAGGGUGGAGAUCUUUAUACAGGGCCAGUGGGGCACAGUUUGUGAUGAUGGCUGGGACCUUCCAGAUGCCCAUGUUGUGUGUAGACAGCUGGGCUGUGGGAGGGGGCUGUCUGCAGAAGCUACAGCCCGUUUUGGACAAGGACAAGGGCCCAUCUUCUUGGAUGACAUCAACUGUAGCGGGAAUGAAUCAAACCUCACACAGUGUGGCCACAGUGGGCUGGGGUCCCACAACUGCAAUCACCAUGAAGAUGCUGGUGUUGUCUGUGAAGGUAAUAAACACAAUGAACCUUCUUGUGGAUUAACAGAGAUUUGUUUUGCAGGUGAAACCACCGAAAACUCUGUUGCUGAUGGUGACGUCCGUCUGGUCAAUGGAGGGAACAGCUCCUGCGCUGGCAGGGUGGAGAUCUUUAUACAGGGCCAGUGGGGCACAGUUUGUGAUGAUGGCUGGGACCUUCCAGAUGCCCAGGUGGUGUGUAGACAGCUGGGAUGUGGGAGGGGGCUGUCUGCAGAAGCCAGAGCCCGUUUUGGACCAGGACGAGGGCCCAUCUUCUUGGAUGACAUCAACUGUAGCGGGAAUGAAUCAAACCUCACACAGUGUGGCCACAGUGGGCUGGGGUCCCACAACUGCGGUCACCAUGAAGAUGCUGGUGUUAUCUGUGAAGGUGAAACCACCGAAAACUCUGUUGCUGAUGGUGACGUCCGUCUGGUCAAUGGAGGGAACAGCUCCUGCGCUGGCAGGGUGGAGAUCUUUAUACAGGGCCAGUGGGGCACAGUUUGUGAUGAUGGCUGGGACCUUCCAGAUGCCCAUGUGGUGUGUAGGCAGCUGGGCUGUGGGAAUGCACUGUUUGCAUCACAACAAGCCUUUUUUGGACCUGGCCAAGGGCCUAUAGGAUUGGAUGAUAUCCACUGCAUCGGCCACGAAUCAAACCUCACACAGUGUGGCCACAGUGGGCUGGGGUCCCACAACUGCAAUCACCAUGAAGAUGCUGGUGUUGUCUGUGAAGGUAAUAAACACAAUGAACCUGUGGGUACCUGUCAUGUACUUUGUCUUCUGCCAUGGCUAACUUCUAUCUCUCAUUCUUGUUGGUUAACAGAGAUUUGUUUUGCAGGUGAAACCACCGAAAACUCUGUUGCUGAUGGUGACGUCCGUCUGGUCAAUGGAGGGAACAGCUCCUGCGCUGGCAGGGUGGAGAUCUUUAUACAGGGCCAGUGGGGCACAGUUUGUGAUGAUGGCUGGGGCCUUCCAGAUGCCCAGGUAGUGUGUAGGCAGCUGGGAUGUGGGAGGGUGCUGUCCGCAGAAGCUACAGCCCGUUUUGGACAAGGAAGAGGGCUCAUCCACUUGGAUGAUGUCAACUGUCGCGGGAAUGAAUCAGACCUCACACAGUGUGGCCACAGUGGGUUGGGGUCCCACAACUGCGUUCACCAAGAAGACGCUGGUGUUGUCUGUGAAGGUAAUAAACACAAUGAACCUGUUGGUAACCUGUCAUGUACUUGGUCUUCUGCCAUGGCUAACUUCUAUCUCUUAAUUCCCUCCAAUUAA